AUGAAGGAGAUGAUUGUGAUCCUUGCUUUCAUGGCUCUCAUUGCAAGUGCUGCCUCCAUGCAAAUGGGACCUAGCAGUUGUGGUCAGCAGCAAGGCCACGAGCAACACCGACAACAACAACAUCAUCCACAACAACAAAAACAUCAACACAAGCAACAACAGCAUCACCAACAACAAUAUAUCCAUGUGCAACAGCAACAACAUCACCAACAACAGAAGGUUCAUUUGCAACAACAAUCCCAACAGGAGCAUCAAGAGCAGCCAGAACAACAACAUCACCAGCAAUAUCAAGAUCAAGUGCAGCAACAACCACUGCAACAUCAAUUCUAUCAGCAGUGCCAAGAGCAGCCACUGUUCCAGCAGCAUCCAUGUCAAUACGGUUACGAGCAAAAAUAUAGUCAGCAAGACAAUGAGAAGCAGCAGAUGAUAAGGUGUAGCUACAACUACUAUAGUGGUAGCCAAAAUUUGAACAAUUGUCGUGAAUUCUUGAGGCAACAGUGCAACCCGCUAGCAAUGCCUUUCCUCCAAUCACGUUUGUUACCACCGAGUAGCUGCCAAGUACUACGGCAACAAUGUUGCCAGGAGCUUAGGCAGAUUGAGCUAGGGUACCUCCACCAAGCAAUCAAUAGCAUGGCUCGGUCCUUUACCCACCACCAACAGCAGGAGGAGGAGAAACAACAACCAUAUAGGUUCUAUGGAUCUCAGCAGGCUUCUCAUGGUGUCCAUAUUAAUGGCAGCACAAUACCUACCAUCCAUGUGCGGCAUAUACCACUCAUGCGGACAUAA